ACAUCGCAUGCUGGAAAACAAACGGAAUGGCCGGCACCGUUCAGUGUGUAACGCCAUUUCGUCUUCUAUUGGGAACCAUUUCAAGUCAGCUGCUCAAAGACGAUGUAAACAAAUUGAAAGCUCAACUUCAAGGACACUUGAAUAAAGAAUGUUUGGAUGGUCUUGAUGAUGGUGGUCAAUUAAUAAAGGUUCUCUAUCAAAGAGGACUAAUUAACGAUAAAAAGUUAGCUUUUUUGAGGAGACUUUUGGCUGAAUGUCAUCUUGUUGAGCUGGUGGAGCUUGUGGAUGAUUUCAGGAAUUCGUCAACAGAUGGGCAAUCCAGAAACGAAACGGCUCGCAUGAGAAAAAGGCUYCACGAUCUACAAGUCAUUMUAGCUCGACAACAAACAGAAUCGAAAAACUACGAAAGCAUUGGUAAUGAAUUGAAAGACCUACUAUCAGAAAAAGAAAGUCUUCUUGACGGACAAAAAGAGCUCUGCAUAAAUCAGCAAGAAUCAGUUGAUAGUCUCAAUGAGAAGCUAGAAACGUCCAUAAACGAGAGAGAUGUAAUAGAAGAACGCGUUACAGAAAGCGAGGAAGUUAUUAAACUACAAGAAAAAGAGCUAAAAACUCUCCAGGAUACUUUAAAAAACUCGAGGCUCAUCGUCAAGAGAAACAGUCAAACUCGAGUAAGCGUCUUUGAUAAGCACUCCAACGACAAAUCAAAGAAAAAUCACGAAUCACUCAUGAAACAAACUGAGGACAAAGCAGAGACAUUGAGAAAGUACAAAGAAAAUAGUAAGCAAACGUUGACAUUACUGUAUUCUCAAAGAAAAAACGUCCGAAAACUUAACUUGGAUAUACUAGAUGAGACAAAGAACAUGAUUAAGACGGAUGAAGAAAUUCUUCACACGUAUGAAGAGAUGAGGAAAAUACGUCAAAAGUUGAGACAAAAUGWUAUUGAUGUCUGGGACCUAAAUUGUGAACUGGAAGAUUCUCAUUAUGAAAUUAGAAAAUCUGAUAAUCACCAGGUUUUGGAUAAAGCAAGUACAAUUCCUACCGAGAGGCUUGACGAUACCAGUAAACAAAAGGUAAUAAACUAUCAAGACGUCUCGGAGGAAAAUUCGUACUAUUUGGGUUGCUAUGGAAGCAAGACGGAUAUUCUUCAAUUUGAUUGUCCUUCGGGUGUAACAGUAACACGCGAUGACGUCAUCUUUGUUGCAGACAAGGGAAAUUGUAGGGUGCGUAUAAUGGACCAAGUCGGGUGCGAGAUAARAGAAGCAUUAACAAUGAACAGCGCUCGUCCAACAUCACUUGCAGCGAACAAAAAAGGAAACAUUAUCACAACAGACUCUCACAUUAUCAAAGUUUUCACUUCAGAUGGCAUGCUUUCUCACAAUUUCCUUCCAGUUUACAAUAAGAAAGACAAAAGACCAAAUAUUUCUGCUUUAGCAGUUGAUAAAGACGGUCAUAUUCUUGCUGCUGACAUUACCAACGAUAGAAUUCAAAAGUUUCGCAUUGACGGUCAGUUUGUAGGUUUCAUAGGGGGGCCCGCAUUAUUGAGCAGUCCCAGCGGUGUUGCGGUUUCAAAACAUGGUGACAUCAUAGUUUCCGAACAUGAAAAUCAUCAGCUUAAAAUCUUUCAUCACCAUGGGAAAUCCUUCAAUACCAUUGGUGGGGAGGGUAUUGGAAAGGCACAGUUCCUGUAUCCAAGUGGUCUAGCCAUAGACAACAAAGGAAAUAUUAUAGUAGCUGAUACAAUGAAUCAUCGUGUUCAAGUGAUAUCGAUGGAAGGCGAGUAUAUCGCCUCAUUAGGAAGACUGGGUUCUGGUUUUGGUUGCUUGGAUACGCCGCGUGCAGUUGCAGUUAAUCGUCGAGGUCACGUGUAUGUGGCGGAUAGUGGAAAUCAUCGUAUAACUGUAUUUACAUAAAGUUUUAAAUUUCUUACUCUUCAAUAAUUUCACAACAACUUUAACUAGCAUCAUACGUGAUUUCACAAACGCUGGACGACAAUGGAUACAAAUUAUACAUUUUGAUUUAGCUCCAGACUGAUUCUAAAGCAAAAGUUUAAUCGAAAACAGUGCACCUUAUUUAUUGGGAAAGUUAUCGUCAAACACCAUCUCAUUACAGCUGAAUGUAAUAUAUUCCAUACAUCUGCUUUUAUACUGACGUAUACUUCGAUAGUUUGUCAUAGACUCUUCGCAAGUCUCUUAUGCGUCGUUUGGCCUUCCACUGGAAAAAAUAGUUCACAUUAAAAGGUUGUAAAUUUGAUGUAAAUAUUA